AUGGCGAUCCUAGCGCCGCGUCCCACGCUCCUCGUCCUCCGCGGAGGAGCCUUCCUGCUCGCGGCGCUGCUGCUGCUGCUCUCGUCCGCGCACCUCCCCCUCCGCGUGCGCGCGCAGGGGGAGUGCUCCGCCACGGUUCUUUGCCCCAACAACCUCUGCUGCAGCAAGUGGAACUUUUGUGGCUCCACCGUUGAUCACUGCGGCGCUGGCUGCCUCUCCCAGUGCUCCCCGCCUCCCUUAACCGCCUCCCCUCCGCCCCCAACCGCCUCUCCUCCGCCCCCGACCGCCUCCCCUCCGCCCUCAACGGUGCCGCUGAAGCGCAUGGCGUAUUUUGUCAACUGGGCGAACAUGGAUCCAUCCCUCAUCCCUGCUGCCAACCUCACGCAUGUCUUCUACGCCUUUGCUUCCAUCAACCCCACCACUUACAAGGUCGUCCCCAACACAGCAGUGGACGUCACUGGAGGCCUCUAUCAGCGCUUCAACACUACUCUUAAAACUCUCAACCCUGCCAUUAAAACCCUUCUCUCCAUUGGGGGCGCCUCGGCUAACACCACCGUUUUCGGCAACGUCGCCUCCUCUGCCGCCACCCGCUCUGCUUUCAUCCAAUCCGCAAUCGCCCUCGCCCGCACGUACUUCUUUGACGGUCUGGAUGUCGACUGGGAGUACCCGGUUGGCAAGGCAGCUCUUUUCUCGGCACUGGUCACGGAUUUCCGGGCGGCGAUCGAAUCCGAAGCCGUUUCGUCUGGGAAACCUAAGCUCCUGCUUACUGCGGCGGUUGCUCCCGACGAGGCGAGAAUCAUUCAAUCCUACAACGUGACGACGGUUAACAAGAUGCUGGACUUUGUUAAUGUUAUGACUUACGAUUUGCACGGGUCGUGGGAGGCAAAGACCGGCAUGCACACUGCUCUGCAGGACCUGAGCUCGAAGCUGAGCGUCAAUGCUUCCAUGGAUGCCUGGGUGUCUCGAGGCUUGGCCCGAAGCAAGGCCAUGGAGGCCGGUGUCCUUUUCUACAAGGAGAUCUAUCAGCUGGUAACCACUGGUGGUUACACGGCUACAUCCCACACCCCAUCCUCAUGCAUGUAUGCGUGGAAGGGUAACCAGUGGGUUGGUUAUGACAACCCUUCCACCAUCACCAAGAAGGUCCAGUUUGCCAAGACGCAAGGCUAUGGAGGGUGGUUCGUCUGGGCACUGAGCCAGGAUGUUAACAAUGCUCUGCUCAACGCUGCAAUAGCUGCAUGA